AUGUAUCUUGCUUGUGAGAGGAGUGACCAAUAUAGAGCAACAAAGAAGUUAAAACAUGCUGGCAACAAUACAUCAAGAAUAACCGGUACGAAGAAGUGUGGUUGUCCUUUUGAUAUGAGGGCUCACAGGUUUACCACACAUGAUAAAUGGACAUUGACCGUAGUAUGCGGAUUGCAUAAUCAUCCACCUGCGGAGCACCUCGAGGGACAUUCAUAUGCGAGGAGGCUAUCAAAGGAUGAGAAAAUAUUAUUAAUGGAUAUGUCAAAGAGCAUGGUUCGGCCAAAAGAAAUCCUAGUAACCUUGAAACAGCGAGAUGCCCUCAAUGUAAGCACACUUAAAACCAUUUACAAUGUACGCCAUCGAAACAGGGUGGUACAGAGAGCUGGAAGAUCACAGAUGCAACACUUAUUGGGUGAAUUGACCAAGUAUAAUUACAUUGAGCGCCAUCGAUAUCAGCUUCCUCUUCUUGAAAUUGUGGGAGUGACAUCAACUGAAAUGACAUUCUCUGUAGCUUUCACAUACUUACAGUAUGAGAGGGUCGAUAACUAUGCGUGGGUGUUAGCUACACUGCGUGAUGUCAUGGAUGGGUUUGUUGUGCCAACAGUUAUUGUUACUGACAGAGAGCUAGCCUUGAUGAAUGCCAUACUGAAGAUAUUCCCAAGUGCCAGACAUUUAUUAUGUCGUUGGCAUAUCAUGUAUUCAUCUUCUGAAAUUCAAUACGAUGAGCGUCUUAAAUCAUUACUUAAGGAAUUCAGUAGUUAUCCUGAUGCAGUCAAAUACGUCAUGGAUACUUGGGCUGAGAGUGCACAUGCAAAACUUAAAAGACAAUUGGGUUCAUGUCAAGUCUCAUUUCAGGCAUCAUUUGAGAAAAUACACAGUCUGCUUGAGUUGCAACACACUGAUAUCAAGGAUUCAUUUGAGAAAAGUCUAUCUGUUGUGCAACAUCAAUUUAAACCUUCUCAAUUCAGGGAGUUACGGGGUAAUGUGUCUAUCUCUGCAUUGAAGUAUUUGCUUGUAGAGAGUAAGAGAGCCAAUUCUAUUGGUAUUAAUGUUGAAGCUUGUGGAUGCGGAAAGGAGAAGGUGAAUCCGAAAGGGAAGGCAUACAUUACUAGAACAGUGAAACCUGGUGCAUAUGUUGAUGCUCUCCCUGCUGGGUUGAAACCAUACAUUAAGUUUGUGAAGGAUGUAGCUACAGAUGGGAAUUGUGGUUUUAGGGCUAUAGCUGCUUCAAUUGGUCAUACAGAAAAUGAUUGGGCUCAGGUUAGGCGUGAUCUAUUGGGUGAGCUGCACACGCACAAAGAGGAAUACAUUACACUUUAUGGGUCCUAUGAAAGGUUUGAAGAAUUGACAAGCAUAUUGUCAUACUUUGAAGACAGUCCUGGAUACUCAAUUGGAUGA